GCUCGGUAAAUCCUAAGAACGUUCGGGACAGAAAGUCGUUCGUGAUAAACAAUAAGACACGACGCAUACACGUGCACGUUUUCUAUUGUACGUGUCUGUUGAUCGGUUGUUUUCAAGGACAAAGUUCAAUGUUUCCUCAAGGUUCCAGGAUGCAAGAAGAGAAACCGGUAUAUAACGAGCGUAUUCCUAGAAGCUACUAACACUUUUGUCCCGGACCGUCAAACGUCUCUGAGAGAGCUGCGCGGUAUAUACAUACACACAUAUAUAUAUAUACAUAUAAGAUAUUGUUCUCUCUGAUUAGUCUCUAUAUGUACACACACGUCCACCUGUGACUAAUAGAUUCGAAUCGUUAUUUCGUAAUCGGAAAUCUUCUCGACCACUUGUUCUGGAACUGCGGAGUCGACAAAAUGUUGCAAUUCGUAUUUGUGUGUCUGCUCGUCGCGACAUCCUUCGCGCAAGAUUGCGGAGAAAAGGACGAAAACUGUUCCACACCGGCGUCGGAAUUCAAUCAGGACACCGAUUGGCAAUCGGCUAAAUCGUUCUACGAUUUUCACGCGAACGACAUCACGGGCAAGGACGUGCCGUUGAAGAAUUAUCGCGGCCACACGUUGAUCAUCGUCAACGUCGCCAGUUACUGCGGAUUAACGGAAACGAAUUACAAGCAGCUACAGGAACUGUACGACAAGUACAGCGAGUCCAAGGGUUUGAGAAUCCUCGCGUUUCCCUCGAAUCAAUUUGCCGGACAGGAACCGGGCACGUCCGAAGAGAUUCAAAACUUCGUGAAGCAGUACAACGUCACUUUCGACAUGUUCGAGAAGAUUGACGUGAACGGCGACAACGCUCAUCCGCUGUACAAAUGGCUGAAGACGCAAAAGGAGGGUCUUCUCACCAACGAUAUCAAAUGGAAUUUCACCAAGUUCAUCGUCGACAAAAAUGGCAAAGUGGUAGAGAGAUUCGCUCCGACUACCACCCCGUUUGAUAUGGAAGACACUUUGAAAAAGUACUUUUAAAACAAUUUGUAAGACAAUACUCGCCGCUUCUCUCUAUGUAUAGGACUUGUAACAAUUUUACGUACAAUAUAUUAACAAUAUACUCAUGUAAUAUUACAGUUAUGUACAUAGUUGUAAUACUAAACAAGAUUUGUAAACUCAUUUUUUCUCCUUACGUUCCGGAGUAGUGUUUAUAUAAAGAAAAGUUUUCGUAAAUAUAGUGUAAAACAAAAAUAAAAAAAAAUAAAAUAUUGAGUGCAAUAUA